AUGUCUGCUAACGUCGAAUCUAACGCCGAUGUAGGUGAUGCGCAGAAGACAGCCGCUUCCAAAAAAUCUGCCGCCGGUGGCAAGAAAAAGUCAGCGGCCGCCGCAAGUACAAAAAAAGUCGUAGAACAUCCGUCCUACAACGAAAUGGUUCGCCAGGCUCUCGUCGCUCUCAAAGAACGCGGCGGAUCGUCCAGGCAGGCCAUACUCAAGUACCUCAUGGCAAACUUCAAGGUCGGAAGCGACGAACACUCCGUCAACACCCACCUCANAGUAGCCCUGAGGAAUGGCGUCAAGUCGGAAACGCUAAAGCAGUCGAAAGGAUCUGGAGCCUCAGGCAGUUUCCGCCUCGCUAAUCAAGGUGCUAAAUUAGAGAAAUGA